GUGUUGUCGCUUGAUAGCCUGUGCAAGCGACUGUCAGCCUCCAGACGUUUUAGUAUUUGAAGGAACCCGCAUACCAAAUGAAUCUGCAACACGCAAGACCCACAACUUAGGUUGGCCCCUAUCUUCUUGGUAUCCCGGUUUUCUACCAUGGCGGAACAGCUUAGUCCGAUUACCACAUUAUUCUCCGUGGAUGGCUUAGUCGCCGUCGUAACAGGAGGAGGGACGGGUAUUGGCCUAAUGAUCGCGACUGCUCUCGAGAACAACGGCGCCGUUGUGUAUAUUGUCUCGAAGACACUCCAUGUCCUGGAGGAAGCUGCCCGCAAAAACAACCGACAUGGAAAGCUGAUUCCGGUUGCAUGCGAUGUGUCCAGUAGAGACUCCAUCCUCAGCCUCGUGGAGACGGUCAAGGCCCGUCAUGGAUUCAUCAACUUGUUAGUCAACAACGCAGGAGUCGCCCUAAAUCUAUUACCGAAGCUGCCAACACCGGAUAGUUCGGACAUCAAAACGUACCAGGAGGCCCUAUGGAAUACAGGAUCGCCAGAGAACUUUGCCAAGACAUUUGAGAUUAACACCACGGCCAUAUGGUAUACAACCGUAGCGUUUCUUGAACUGCUCGACGCUGGGAAUAAGCGCGGUGACAUGCAGGGAGCGACUAGCCAAGUGAUUUCAGUAACCAGUGGUGGCGGCUAUCGAAAAGACGACAAAGUAUUCAGUGUGUCAUACACGCUCAGCAAGACAGCUGCAACACACCUCGGGAAGAUGCUGGCUCAUUUUCUCAAGGACUGGAAUAUACGGAGCAACGUCAUUGCACCUGGAGUCUUCCCUUCCCUUAUGACCGAAGGCGUAGUCACAGACGCUCAUGUCAGGGAUGGUGUACCUCUGCAACGUGCCGGAAACAUCGACGACAUGGGUGGACUUAUCCUAUUCUUGGCUAGCAAGGCUGGAUCCUACGUCAACGGAACUGUACACUUGAUAGAUGGAGGGAGACUUACCCUGUUUCCCUCAACAUACUAGAAUCGCGGGGAGUCACAUUAGGAGCAAGCACCCUAGGAAAAUCAGCAUUGGUAUCAUAGAUAUAAAGAUGGAAUAGAACCACAGAACCGGAUACGAUCCCAGGAAUAAACUUUCGAUUGUCCUCGGGGUCUUUUGUGGGUAUGUGGAAAUCCUUCAUUCAUCAAGUCACUCCAAGUUUAUUGUACAGGUCGAUCACGUCGAUCGGAAGCCAAUCGGUCAUCGUCUGAACAGAUGCGAAGCAUGAAUCACUUCGAAUGGGCAUAUGUAGCCUCCAAUCUAGACUUCACGUAGUCGCCUGCUGUCACAACUUCGUACUUCGCCGGCAUAUCCUCAGAAACGCAGCUCGGCAGGGCCUUGCGUUCGUUAACCCGCAGCCUAAGCAGCUUAAG